CGAUGCGUGGAUUUCCCGGAUGGAGCAGCGGCGCCAUCUUUACGCCAGUGUUACCGGCUGCUCUUCGGUUCACUCAGCGGAGCUUCGGUGCUGUUGCUGAUCCACCACCAGGACUCGCGGAGCAGCCGACAAGUUCUCCCCGAUUCUUUUUUAUUUUUCCGCCGGGACGCUAAGACGAGCCUCACCACCUGCGCGCCAUGGAAGAGAGAGAGAACUUGGUCUACCAGGCGAAGCUGGCCGAGCAGGCGGAGAGAUAUGACGAAAUGGUGGAGUCGAUGAAGAAGGUGGCCAGCAUGGACGUGGAGCUGACGGUGGAGGAGAGGAACCUGCUGUCGGUGGCCUACAAGAACGUGAUCGGUGCCAGGAGAGCCUCGUGGAGGAUCAUCAGCAGCCUCGAACAGAAAGAAGAAAACAAAGGCGGCGAGGACAAACUAAAUAUGAUCCGUGACUACAGGAAGGCGGUUGAGAAAGAGCUGAAAUCUAUCUGCAACGACAUCCUGGAUGUUCUGGACAAACACCUCAUCUUAUCUGCAACCACGGGAGAAUCCAAGGUUUUCUACUACAAAAUGAAGGGAGAUUACCACAGGUACCUGGCAGAGUUCGCCACGGGCAACGACAGGAAGGAGGCGGCCGAGAACAGUCUGGUCGCUUACAAAGCAGCGAGCGACAUCGCCAUGAUCGAGCUCCCCCCGACUCACCCCAUCCGCCUCGGACUCGCCCUUAACUUCUCCGUUUUCUAUUAUGAAAUCCUCAACUCGCCGGACCGCGCGUGCAGGCUGGCGAAGGAAGCGUUCGACAACGCCAUCGCAGAACUGGACACUCUGAGCGAGGAAAGCUACAAGGACUCGACACUUAUCAUGCAGUUGCUACGUGACAACUUGACGCUAUGGACCUCAGACGUUCAGGGAGACGGCGAAGAACAGAACAAAGAAGUGCUGCAGGACGCGGAGGAUGAAGCCCAGCGAGACUGAACAACACCCUCCUCUUCCUCUUUUUCUCGCCCCAGCACCAACUCUGUCCCAGAUCACGCCUUCUGUCUUUCCUCGUCUGUCCUACGUGUCCCCCCUCCCCGCUCUGCACGUCAUCUGUCCCUCGAGGACCACCUCAGGUCCUGGUUUCAGGGGUUUACUUUUCUCCGACUCUGACCCUUUAAGACCACGUCCUCUCUUACGGUUCUUACUUUGCUGUAUCUGUUGCCAACGUCGCUCGUCUGUGAAACACACACACGCAAAAGUUUAUUUAAAGAUGAAACUUGACUUUUUUUUUUUUCUGUGUGUGUGUUCAUGACCGGCACCUCGUCCACGCUGUCGGCACGUUCCGUGCACUUUACAGCGGUGGAAGGGUCACAGGGUUUCAGGAAGAACUAAGUGCCCUCUUUACUUUGUUUGAUUUGCUCCUUUAACGCCUCGCCCCCCCCAGCAUCCCUAACCUCGUCCUCCAUCGGACCGAGCGUUGUGCUCAUGCAGACGCCGUUUCAACGUGAGUGGAGUUGAACGCUUUGAUUGUAACGUUCCGCAGUUUAACAUCGAUGUAAAAGCAGUUUGGGAAGCGGGGGCACACCGUACCUUUACUCCCCUGACUCUUCAGGUUUCCUCGUCCCCCCCCCCCCCCCCCC